AGUGUAGGUUAACGUCAGCAGGUGUAGAGCAACCGGAAUCGGAUCAUGUGGCAGCAUGUGAUUGAACGACAUAAUCGGAUGGAGUGUGGUUUCGAACGGGCGGAAUAUGCUCACGUACAUUGAGCGGAACCCCAUUUUGCAGACCAACCACAAUGGAACAACCUGGGAAUGGGGCCGCUGUCAGUGCGGUCAGCCGGCACGACGAGAACAUUCUGAAUCUCAUUUUCAACCCUGACUCGGGGCUGGCGUUGGAUGAUGAACCACUCCUUGGAAAUGCAACCACACUACCCGCCAUCGAUUCCAUGACACUCACUCGUCUCAAAAUGAUUGAACAAGAGGCCGUCAUCCUUGCGGAACACAAUGAUCUCGUAGGGAGUAUCGAUAAGCUCAACGAAUGCAUAUCUCUUUGCCCGGAAUAUGCAAGUGCAUACAACAAUCGAGCACAAGCGUUCCGUCUCAAAGGACAAGUAAAGGAGGCUUUGGAGGAUUUAGAGCGGGCACUUGAAUACGGUGUAGGAAAUGCAUCAGUCCUCAAACAGGCAUAUACACAACGAGCAAUUAUCCGCAAAUCGCAGGGGGACGCUGCGGGUGCGGAGAGCGAUUUUGCCCAAGGAGCACGAUACGGGAACGAGGUUGCAAAAGCUGCUGUGCGGAAUAAUCCGUAUGCGAAAAUGUGCAAUGCGAUGGUGAUGGAGGCAAUGACCAAACUGGGAGCUUAGAGGAGCUCAUGAAUCACAAAGAACAAUUCCGUCGUUUAGUCUUGUCAUGUACCGUAAGCAUCUUCGUAUCGCGAGAGACCAUGAACCGCUGGUCAUGCAUAGUUAGCAUGGAAUUGUCCUCGCUGGUACGUGCCAGACUUUUGGACAAUCUUUAGAGCCUCAUAUUUUCGAGAACCAUCUUUUACUCUCGGCAUCUGCAUCCUAGUCACGUUGUAAAGAAGGAAAUAAAGUGCUGCAUCUUUCAUUUGAUAAAGGACGCAUGUUAGAAUUCGCCGUAGCGAGUAGCCCGCACGCAAGAACAUGCCUUGGAAACAGAUUGUUUUGUACUAUGCCCUCCAUCCUUGCUGUGGACAAGUCCAAACCUUUCCC